GUGCAUUAUCAGGAAACGCAGUAACCUUUCAAACACCAGAUGUUCUCACAAUCUCUUACAUCAAGAAUGAUCCGAAUUUUUAUAAGUAUUGUAAACAACAGUUAAAAAAUUUGGUAGGAAUACGUGAUGAAGGGAUAUCAAAUGUUUCUUGUCAAGCAUUAGGCUACUCGGCAAAUGAUGAUCCACCCCGUUCUUUCUCAAAUACGAAGGACAACGGUGGAGACUUUGAUAAAUGGGCCAGAAGUAAAGAGUAUAGGGGAUAUAUCCAUAUUCCAAGUUUUAGAGUUAGCUGUGAUGCUAAAGGUUAUAUCAGUUCUGACCCUAAGGAUCCUGAUUAUAGUGAUCAACAUAACCCAACACAAAAUCCUGAGAAAGUUGUAAAUACCGAACGUAAUCCCUAUGGAUAUACGAAAGAAUAUGCGCCGUACAUUUAUCUAGAUUAUUCAUCAGCUGAUAUAUAUACUAAUGACUCAACAUUCAAUGGAAUUCGAUGGUCUAAAAUCAAAGAUAAUACUUGUUUAAGCAUCUUCGAUGCUAGAGCUA